AUGUCGCUCUUGUUCCCCAACAUGACCUCUCUGGCCAACUCUCUCACCCCUUCGAUUGGCGGUCUCAACACGCCUUUCCCCUCUUUGAAGCUUGCAAGCAUUGUCGAUGAUGCCAAGUCGAAGGCAAAGCAACUCGAAAGCAAAUCCAAAGAAGGUAUCGAAGGUGCCAAGGACAAAAUCAGCUCCGAGGCCGAUGCAUUGAGAUCCAAGGUGGCUUCCGCCACCGGUGUCGGUGCCGCUUCGAAAGCCAGCAUCGAACUCUACUCGACCAAGUACUACACUGCUUGUGCCGGUGGUGGUGUACUCGCUUGUGGUCUCACCCACGCUCUCGUCACUCCACUUGAUUUGGUCAAAUGCCGAAGACAGGUGGACAAGACCCUUUACAAAGGUAACAUGGACGGAUGGAGCAAGAUUUACAAGUCGGGUGGACUCAGCGCACUCUAUACCGGUAUUGGUCCCACCUGGGUUGGUUACUCGGUCCAAGGUGCCUGUAAAUAUGGUUUCUACGAGUAUUUCAAGAAAAAAUACGCCGAUGCCGUCGGACCUGUCAAUGCUGUCAAAUACAAAGACGCGAUCUACUUGGCCGGCUCUGCCUCCGCCGAGCUGAUUGCUGAUGCCGCCUAUGUCCCACUCGAAGCCGUCAAGGUCCGAAUGCAGACCACGAUCCCGCCUUUUGCCACUGGAAUGGUCGAUGGAUUCAAGAAGUUUGUCGCUGUUGAAGGUACCGGCGGCCUCUACAAGUCCCUUGGAUCGCUCUGGUCUCGUCAAAUUCCGUACACUAUGAUGAAGUUCUGGUCGUUCGAAGCUACUGUCACCAAGAUCUACGCUUCGCUCGGUAAACCUAAAGACUCUUACAACAAGCUUCAACAAUUGGGUGUCUCUUUCGUUGGUGGCUACAUCGCUGGUGUUUUCUGUGCUGUUGUAUCUCACCCCGCUGAUACCAUGGUUUCCAAGUUGAACGCUGUUGGUAAGGAGGGCUCUGCCAAACCCACUGUUGGCUCGAUCUACAAGGAAAUCGGAUUCGGAGGUCUCUGGGCUGGUCUCGGAACCCGUAUCGUGAUGAUCGGUACUUUGACCGCGCUCCAAUGGCUCAUCUACGACUAUGUCAAGGUUGCAUUUGGAUUGCCCACCACUGGUUCAGCUGAACCUCAAAAGAAGUAG